CGGAUAGUCGGCUAUCUACGGUAUAUUAGUCGGAAAGUUGGCGUGGGUCCUGUGUCGGCCGAAGCGAGCGUCGGUGUUCUGUAAAAUGGCUGACGGUGACAUUGAUUUGUACGCCGACGAUCUCGAGCAAGAUUUCGCACAGGACGAAUUUGCUGGAGAAGGUGUCGACCUGUAUGACGACGUGAUCGCAGCACCUCCAGGUGGAAAUAGUGGAGGGGCUAAUUCUGGUGGCGGAGCAGGCGAUGGCGAUACAACCUCACCUAACGAGGAGACUAACGGCAGCGCUCCUUAUCAUCAAUUGGGCAACAACAUUCAGCCCAACCAAAUUGGAAGACGCCACCAACUUUACGUUGGAAACUUGACCUGGUGGACGAGUGAUCAGGAUAUAACUGAUGCAGUUCAAAGUAUCGGCGUUCCUGAUUUUGUCGAAGUGAAAUUUUUUGAAAAUCGUGCUAACGGACAGUCAAAAGGUUUCUGUGUCAUAUCCCUCGGUUCUGAACAAAGUAUGAGAAUAUGCAUGGAACGGCUUCCUAAGAAAGAACUGCAUGGACAGAGCCCAGUUGUGACAUUUCCAACCAAGCAGGCACUUAAUCAGUUUGAGUCUCAAUGUAAGACUCGACCAGCUCCAGCUCCUCAACAAAGUCAAAAUCAACGCCCACACAAUCCACAUCAACAUCAAACAUCCUUACCUCCUCAUCAACAACAUCCCCAGCAUUCUCCACAUCCCCAACACCCUCAACACCCGCAACAAAACCACGGCCCCAGAAUGAUGAUGGGACCGCCGCAAGGCGUGCGAAAUCAACGCAUGCCCUUGCCUGGUAUGGGACCUCCUGGGCCUGGAGGACCUGGACAACAGGGCCCUCCAAGAAUGCACGGGCCACCCAUGGGCCCUGGUGGACCUCACCAUCCUUUACCUGGUCAUCCUAAUCAGGGUCCACCACCACCAGGCUAUCAGCAAGGUCCUUGGAACGGACCUAGACCCAAUGGUCCGCCUGGACCACCACGAGGGCCUGGUGGACCUGGUGGCCCUCCACAACAAGGACCACCAGGACCAGGACCUGGACCACAACAUAGACCACCCGGAAUGGUAAGUGCAUGUACUUGGACAAAUUCUCAUAUAAAUUUUUAUUCUACGCUGUCUCAAUUUUACGUAAAUUUUUAUCUUAUAAACCAUGUAUAUAACUUCCUCACUUGUGUGAUUCAGCAAUUUCACGGCGGACCACCUGGACCUCCGGGACAAGGGCCACCUCGUGGGCCACCUGGACAUCCUGGAGGACCGCCCGGCGAUCCUAGAGGAGCCCCACCUCGUCCGGACUGGAAUAGACCUCCGGGGAUGCAUCAUGGACCUCAGGGACCACCAGGUUUCCCUCAACAUCAACACAUGCAAGGCCCGCAACCUGGUCAAGGCCCCCCGCAAAGAGGACCUCCUCCAGGUUCUAUGGGUGCAAUGUUACCAGGUCCAGGUGGACCUCCACCAGGACAUGGUGGGCCACCUCAAGGUCCACCACAAGGUCCACCAGGGGGACCCGCUCCUCAUGUGAAUCCAGCAUUCUUCCCACAAGGUCCGCCGCAUCAACAUCCUGGACAGCAUCCUGGUGGGCCACCGGGACCUCCUGGUCCGCCGCAUGGGCCACCUCACGGACCCCCGCACGGGCCUCCUCAUGGCCCACCUCAUGGUCCACCGCAUAAUCAACCACAUGGACCCCCACAUGUACCUCCGCAUCCUUAUGGACCACCUGCUGUCCAGCCUCCUUAUGGAGCUCCUGGUCCGGAUCACAGGCCGGAAGGACCCCCACCACUCACUGAACAGGAAUUCGAAGAAAUCAUGGGUCGAAAUCGCACAGUAUCAUCGUCGGCGAUAGCUCGUGCUGUGUCAGAUGCAGCUGCAGGGGAAUAUGCUAGUGCCAUUGAAACCUUGGUUACAGCUAUAUCUCUUAUAAAACAAUCAAAAGUAGCAGCCGAUGAUCGUUGCAAGAUUUUGAUAAGUUCACUGCAAGACACUCUACGUGGGGUGGAGACGAAAAGCUAUGGAUCCGCACGCAGAGAACGUUCACGCUCGCGUGACCGCGAAAGGAGCCAUCGAAGGCGAAGAGAUCGUUCAAGGAGUCGUGAUAGAGAAUAUAGAGAGCGCAGCAGGGAUAGAGACCGCGACAGAGAUAGGGAACGUGACCGCGAAAGGGAACGCGAUCGUGAUCGUGACAGGGAACGCUACUACAGCGAACCUUAUCCUAGAGAGAGAUCACGCAGCAGAGAGAGAGAGCGCGAACGUGAACGAGAGCGCGAAUACAGGGAACGUAGCAGAGAAGAAAGUACAACACGUCAGGCAGCCAGGCCGCGAGUUAAAGAAGAACCUCCAGAGGCGGCGCCUGUACCAUCAUCCAAGUCGUCUAGGUAUUAUGACGAUCGCUACAGAGAACGUGGUGAACGUGAAAGGGAGCGAGAACGAGAAUCGAGCAGAAGACCGGCGGAGCGUGAACGAGAGCCAGAACGUGAACGCGAGAGAGAACGGGAACGGGAUCGCCGCGACGAGAGAGGAGACUCUUCACACCGUUCGAGACAUUGAAUUACCUCGGGACACUCCAAUUCAUCAGAUUAACAUCCGCAACACUACGUAGGCCCUCGUCAUCCAGUUUGUCUUCUUCUUCGAGUUGAUGCUUAUCAUUGUCAUGGACAUACUUCCUUUUACUCUCCAUAGGACUUUAUGACCGGGUGUUUAACAUAAAGAAUAAUUAUAGAUGCAAUCGAGUGAUAAAGUUGUGGCAGAUUGAUGCAUUUUUUUUAUUUUUUUUUUAUUUUUUUUCCAGCUGUCAAUCGAUUCUUAUAAAUGGUAGAUAACGGGACAGAAAAAAUGUUGAUAGAAUACACUCUUUCAUGCUCGUUGGUUUUAUAAUGUAAACACAUUCUAUAGAGUUAACUAACAUUUCCACAUUUCAAUGUUUCCUAACGUAUAAAUAUUGUGUAACGAUAGCAUAGGUAUAUUCAUACACAUAUGUAACAGCAUAAUCGUAAUUAAGAAGAUUUUACUUCAGUUUGAAUAUGCUGACACUUAGAGAGUAGGCACAAAUGUUAGUUUCUAAAAUAAUGUUCAUGUAAAACGACACACUGUUUUCGACUUGUGCUGUAACUAAUAGUAAAUAAGACAGAAAUAUGACGAAGAAACGAAUAUGGAUUAAAUACUUGAAGAAUAUUGAAAACGAACAAUCAAUAACGGAUGUUACAACGUAUUCAAGAGGAAUGAAGACAUCUAUACAAAAUUCAACAAUCAUCAUACCUCCACAACGAUGCCAAGAUUGUAUCUUAAUCUAAUACAAAUAUUCGCUUUCAAAAUAUACAUGUAAAACAUGA